GAGAGAGAGAGAGAGAGAGAGGGAGAGAGAUGACCCCCCACGGCUGGACAACUCCUGAAUCGAAAUAGUCUGGACUGCCAGACCUUGUGUAAGAAGUAGGAGAGCCACAACGCCACCCAACGAGUUUUACACACCCCGUGUGGAGACGCUGUUUUCGUCCGGCAUCUCAUUGUGAUGAGCAGCACUGCAUGGCCAGUCCUCCCAGCUGAUGCCGUUAUCCGAGCGUCGAGACGGCCGCGCCAUCUCGCAGCGAAGCACAGGACGGAGUUAGUGGCAGAGUUUUUCCUGUUUACAUUGCCCUGCAUCUACCUCUCACCAGCAUGGACGAAAAGGGGAAAUCGGCCGCGGGGGAGAGCAUCAGCCUUAGCGUGCUGAACUGGGAGCAAGUGCAGCGCCUGGACGCGAUCCUGACCGGCUCCAUCCCCAUCCACGGCCGCUGGAACUUCCCCACGCUGGAGGUGAAGCCGCGCGACAUCGUCAAGGUGGUCCGGUGUCGGAUGGAGGAGAAGCGGAUCCACGUCCGGGAGGUGCGGCUGAACGGCUCGGCGGCCAGCCACGUCCUGCACGAGGACAGCGGCCUGGGCUGGAAGGAUCUGGACUUGAUAUUCUGCGCUGAACUGAAAGGGGAGAUGGAGUUUCAGAUGGUGAAGGAUAUAGUCCUGGCCUCGCUUCUGGACUUCUUACCCGAAGGGGUGAACAAAGAAAAGAUCACGCCAGUGACCUUAAAGGAGGCAUAUGUGCAAAAGAUGGUGAAGGUGUGCAAUGACUCAGAUCGCUGGAGCCUCAUCUCGCUCUCCAAUAACCGUGGAAAAAACGUGGAGCUCAAGUUUGUUGACUCUCUCCGGCGCCAGUUUGAGUUCAGUGUGGACUCCUUCCAGAUCCGCCUGGACUCUCUUCUGCUCUUCUACGAGUGCUCAGAGCACCCCAUGGCUGCCACUUUCCACCCCACCAUACUCGGCGAGAGCGUCUAUGGGGAUUUCCCAGCCGCCCUCGACCACCUGCGCAAGCGCCUCAUCUGCACGAGGAGUCCCGAAGAGAUCCGGGGUGGAGGUCUGCUGAAGUACUGCCAUCUGCUGGUGCGGGGUUUCCGCGCGGCCUCCGACUCAGAGAUGAAACUGCUGCAGCGCUACAUGUGCUCGCGCUUCUUCAUCGACUUCCCUGAGGUGGGCGAGCAGCGGCGGAAGCUGGAGUCCUACCUGCAGAACCACUUUGUGGGCCUGGAGGACAGAAAGUAUGACUAUCUGGCCACGCUCCACAAUGUAGUCCAGGAGAGCACUGUAUGCCUGAUGGGCCACGAGAGGCGGCAGACUCUGAGCCUCAUCUCCGCGCUAGCAUUACGGGUCCUGGCUGAGCAAAACGCCAUCCCCAAUGCCGCCAAUGUCACUUGCUUCUACCAGCCGGCCCCUUAUGUCUCUGAUGGCAACUUCAGCAACUACUUUGUGGCACAGGUCCAACCCAUCUACUCCUGCCCCCCAUCACCUCCCCAACAUUACCCACCUCCCCCACCCCACCCCAUGUAUGCCACCUGGUUGCCCUGUAACUAAAGGUGCAUCGGUGCACACCCCUACUCGUAUUCACACUCACCGAGUCAUUCUUUUUUUUUGUUCUUUUUUCGCCCGGUUGCCGUUUUUGUGCAAUUCGCAAAAUUGUUAUCCACGAAAACC